UUAGACAAAAGUGUUUGAAGGUACAGAUAGCAUUUUUCAAUUUUCUGUUUUGAUAAAGGAAAUAGAGACAGCAGUUGAUUGAUUAAUUCACGUGUUGCCACCACCACUUCCACACGACGCUCUCUCACUCUCUCUCUACUCUCUCAACUGUCUCUGUAAUCUCUAUAAGUUGAAGCAGCUUCCUUUGGUUCUCACUAUGGGCGGAAAAAGAAGAGGAAGCUGAAAUCGUUAGCUGAAAUUGUCACUAAAAACAAGAGAAUGACCAUGAAAGAGAAGAAAGAGAAAUUGGAGCUGAGUUGGUCUGACCUUCCUAUAGAACUCUUGGAAUUGAUUAUAUCCCGUCUACCCCUAGACGACAAUGUCCAUGCCUCUGUUGUUUGCAAGAGCUGGCACUCAGCUGCAAUCUCUGUCCGGGUAGUAAAUCAAUCACCAUGGCUUAUGUACUUUUAUUCUGGUAACUUGUAUAUAUUUUAUGACCCAUUACUAUGCAAGACGCAUUCCAUUAUACUGCCCGAGUUGAAUGGGUGUAGGGUUCGCUACUCUAAAGAUGGCUGGUUGUUGGUAUACAGACCCAUAUCUCAUUGCUUGUUCUUCUUUAAUCCCUUCACUCGCGAAGAGAUUAAUCUGCCCAGCUUUCGGUUGAAUCUUGCUGUUGUUGCCUUUUCUUGUGCCCCAACAUCUACCAACUGCAUAAUUCUUGCAGUUAAGCAAGUGGGUCAUCAAAUUGUUGCUAUUAGCACUUGCCAUCCAGGGGCAACAGAAUGGGUUACUGUUACUUUCCGGCAUCAUUUGCCCAUUUCCUCGUUUGUUAAUAAGUUUGUUUUCUGCGAUGAACUUUUCUAUUGUCUGGGUUUCAAUGAUGGCCUAGGGUUCUUCGACCCACUGCAACGUACUUGGAAUGUUCUUGCUGUGCUUCCACCGGAAUUAUCUGGGAAAUUGUCGAUAGGUUGGUUGAAGGGCAGGUACAUGACGGUGCAUAAAGGGGAACUAUUACUUAUUUAUGCUCGUUCUGGAAGUGCAAACCCCAUUAUGUUUAAGCUGAAUCGGACACGCAUGAUAUGGGAAGAGGUAAAAACCCUUGAUGGAUUCACACUCUUUGCAAGUUCCUUGUCAUCUCAUUUAAGAAUGGACAUUCCUGGAGGGAUGAGAAACAGUAUCUACUUCCCCAAAGUUUGUUUACAUGGAAAGCAUUGCAUAUCAUACUCCUUCGACAAUUGUAGAGACUAUCCGUGUAAUCAGUGUCAUGACUUGGGAGAUCAUUACGAUCCUCCUGAAAAUAUCUGGAUUGAUCCGCCCCAAGACUUCACAGGCUUCACCUGAAGAAAUCUUGUUGCACAAGUAUGAUCUAAAUGAGCAUUUAGAAAUUUUUUUAUUAAAAAUGUUUACUUCUUACUGCAUUGGAUGGAAUGCUAUAUUGCUAUAUAUUUAUUUCUCUCUAAGUAGUUGCCCACAAAGUGACUUUGUUAUUCUUCUAGAAGAACUAAUGUUGGACUUCUGUUUUCUUUUAUCACUAGUGUCUGUCGGCUGUAAAAUGCUGAUAUAUAUGGCUGAACUAAUGAUGUUGAUAGACAACAAGAAUAAAGUUUGGACGACAUCAAACUUUUCUGUUAAAUCUUCAAGGCUCUGCUUAGUGUAAUCAAUAGCCAAAAUCAGCACCCAAGCUCUUCAACAACUCCAGUUUUCCGGUGCUUGAAGUGGCUGCAACUCUUGAAGCACCGAUUGCUUGUUUUGCUAGCUGCAUCAACUUGAAAAGAAAAAAAAAGAAAAUAGAGAAGUAGGAUAUGCCUUUGUAUGCAUUCAAAAGCUACGAGAACAGUGUCUCAUUCUAUUAAUUUGACAUCCAGGAUAG